AUGGAUGUGAAGUCAUUGGUCUGCCACUCCGCACUGUCUCCAGUUCAUGAAAACCACAUUGUUCCUCACCAAGCGCAGCCCAUGGGUCCAGCUGCUCAUACAACUACUACAGUACUACCGCUGUCAAGUCAGCAAGUCAGCUCACCUCAUUUGGAUUUUCAUGCCAUACCUCAACAGUUCAUCCCCUCAGCUAAGCUUGGAAUUGCUCUGCUUGGCGAUGAACGGUUUGAGUAUGACAAAACAUGGGUCCCAGAGCCACUGACAAUUCACCUUUCAAAGGAUAUCGACAGGUUGUGCAAGGAGUGGGAGAGUUCAAACUUGCUCUGUGUGGGUGGUCGCGGAAUUCCUGUAAAAUACUGGGGUGAGUUCUACAAGAGAGCGAAGGGGGUCAAAACAACAGCCUGGGAUGCUCUAAGGGUUGAGUGGGGAAAUUGGAAGUUCAUUGCCAAGGAGUGUCAGCAUUAUCCAGACACUGCUUCAUUCUGGCAUGUGUUCAGUGACAAAAAUGGCAAGAGGUUUUCUUACCAGCAAAUCCUUAACUGUAUCACAGAGCAGUGGACUUCAGCAGCAGCUCAAGAUGCAAAUAAUGCAUGCAUGUUUUUUGGUGGAGACCUCAACCAUCCAUUGGCUCAGGGUGCAUUCCACCAUGCCAAAGGUAGCAAGAUGUAUCUAUUGAGCAAGGAUGAUGCUGUUGCAAAGAAGUGGCAUGAACUUCUCACCACACAGCCAGACAUCUUGAGCGCUACUCAAGUACUUUGA